AUGCGGCUUACCUUUCAAAGUUCGCUACUUAUUUCUUGGCGAUUACGUGGAUCGUGGCAGACAUCCACUGGAAGUAAUAGUUCUACUCUUGGCGUGCAAAAUACAGUUCCCGAAAUUUGUCUUUCUCUUGCGUGGCAAUCACGAAUUGUUUCAUAUUAA